UAGUCAUGGAUCAGCAAACCUCAGGGCAACACAGUCAGCCCAGCCAAGAUUCUGGCUUUCAGUGGCUUUCUUUUGCUUAUCAGGGCCUAACGGAGAUCCCUUAUGAUGCCAUACUAACACAGACAGACACCCUGGAGGUGCUGGACCUGAGUUACAACCUGCUGGAUGAUCCUUAUUGGAACCCGGCUCUGUUGGGGCGUCUGGAGAAGCUCAGCACUCUGAUUCUGGACUGCAACAACUACACGUCUCAUGUGAAGUUUCCCUACAUGUCCAGUGUCACCACAGUGUGCAUCAACAAGAACAAGAUCAACAACCUGCCCGUGUUCGUGGAGGAGCUCAGGAGAAAGUUCCCCUGCAUUAAGAUUCUCAGUAUGAUGAACAAUGAGGCAGCACCUAGUUAUUUCAAUGGAGGAAGUCUGACCCAACAUAUAGACUACAGACAGUAUGUGAUCAGUCAGAUCCCAGGUCUGGAGAUUCUGGAUGACACAGAAGUUCUGGACGAGGAGCGGGUUCAGGCCCGGAAGACCUACAGGCUGCAGCAUAUCGGUCUGAGCAGCAGAAUGAGGAAGGAGGACUUGUCUAGGAAACACAUGCAUAAGAAGUCCAACACCAUCACGAGGCAGUAGCUCUGAGAAUUUACCGUCCGUGUCAUGUCUCUGAAUCUGUAU